UUCUUGGCAGAAGCGCGGAAGGUGGCCGCUUCUCGCUUGGUGGCCCUCCUGCCCUCCUCCUCUGCCUUUCCCGAGCAGGGAAGUCCUGUGCCGCCCUUCCCUUUCCCGGUUCCUACAAUGAAUUCUGACUCCAGCUCUGUCUCCAGCAGAGCUUCCUCGCCAGACAUGGAUGAGAUGUACCUAAGGGACCAUCACCACCAUCACCACCACCAUCACCACCACCACUCGGUCUCCUCCACCCAAAGCGAGGUGGGUCAGAAGAGCUCGGGCGAAGGCCUCUCGCGGAGCGGCUCCAAGGGCUCCUCGGGCGAAAGCAGCAAGUACAAGAUCAAGAAGCAGCUCUCCGAGCAGGACCUCCAGCAGCUCCGGCUGAAGAUCAACGGGCGCGAGCGCAAGCGGAUGCACGACCUCAACCUUGCCAUGGACGGGCUUCGGGAGGUGAUGCCCUACGCCCACGGGCCCUCGGUGAGGAAGCUCUCCAAGAUCGCCACCCUCCUGCUGGCCAGAAACUACAUCCUGAUGCUCACCAGCUCCUUGGAGGAGAUGAAGAGGCUGGUGGGGGAGAUCUACGGGGGGCACCACUCCGCCUUCCACUGUGGGACUGUGGGCCAUUCCGCCGGGCAUCCUGCCCACCCCUCCAGCGCCGUCCACCCGGUCCACCCCAUCCUAGGCAGCACCUUGUCGUCCGCCAACAGCUCCGCGCCGCUCUCGGCUUCGCUGCCCGGGAUCGGCGCCAUCCGCCCCCCGCACUCUUUGCUCAAGACUCCCUCCGCGCCUCCCGCCCUCCAGCUCGGCGGGGGCUUCCAGCACUGGGCCGGCUUGCCUUGCCCCUGUAGCAUCUGCCAGAUGCCCCCUCCGCCUCACCUCUCGGCUCUCACCACGACGGCCAGCUUGGCCAGGAUCUCGACAGAAGCCAAGGACUUACUCAAGUGAACUCGACUUCCCCACAAGAGCCCGGAGGGGACCUUGACCAAGUCGCGCGCAGGAGGGUCUGCCUGACAAGCUUCCCCCCCCCCUCGCUCGCCGGAAAGCCGGCUGGGUGACGGGCAGGAAGGACUCGCGAAGCUGAACCAGCCCAGAGGUCCCGUGGUGUCGUCGCAUGCAUGAUUCUCCUCCUCCUCUCCGCGCCAGUCUUUCCCCUUCUCUCUCUCUCCCUUCCCCCCGCCCUAUCUGAUCUUAUCCCCAAACUUCAUUUGUUGUAACGAGGGCGUCUAGUGUAGGGGGGGAGGGGACCUUGCAAAGCUAACGAUUUUAGUUGGAUUCUGAACGUUACGUUUUAUUUUUGCUAUUUUUAAAAAAAAUCCUGUCGGUUCGACGGGGCAGAAAAUAAGGAGGGGGAAGGGAAAGAGAAUGUAAAUAAGUGCUUUAAAACGGAGGAGGGAUACAUGGUCUCUCCCCGCCCUUAUUGUACUUGUUCACAGCUGCAGAAGCGAUCGCUUGCUUGGUUUGAUUGCGGCUCACACCCAUUUGCUAUUUAGAAGGGUGGAAGUGUUAUUCCCAAGGGACACUUGUCUGGAAGUUAGCUCGGUGUCAACAUCAGUGGGCAGCAUCCAGACAAACUGAAGGUUUCAAUCCUAUGCAUGCUUUCCUGGAAGUAAGCUCUUCUGACCACAGUAAGGUGUGGGACUUCUGAGAUUGCUCUGCAAGCGCACUGAAAAGAUGCAACCCUAGGCACACUUACUCGGGAGUAAGUCCCAGUCGGAGAAAAAACAGCCGCUUCAUUUAUUUCCAUAGGAGUUGGUGCAUGUUGUCUCGUUUAUUUUAAGGGGGGGAGAAUCUGGAAUAAAUCGGGGCUGAUUAACUUUGGUUGAAUCGAUUAGGUUCCCUGACACUUCCAAGUGACUGUCUUUUGGACGGAGGGACUUUAGGCAACGAACAGUCAGACCAGCAAACCAAGGCAUUUUCUGCUGGAAACACACCCCUGGAAAACAAUGGUAAGGUAGGGGUACCAAUUCGGCUAACUUGGUUUCGGUUCCACUUAUGAAUCGGACUGAAUGUUACUACCGUUGUAAACAUUCUGGUGGGACAGGUAGAUAUUCUUCUGAAUUUUCCGACGGGGCGUUGCUUCCCAAAGGAGCGAAUGCACGCUUGCUUCGAGCCUACGACGUUGUUAUUAGUCUCAUUAUCGUCAUUAUUAUGCCAACAUCAGGGCAGUUUUCCUUGUACCAAGGACUGAGGAGAGAAGUCUCGAUGUGCUAGCCCACCUGUUUUUGCACUCAGAAGGGAAGAAUCGUGAGAUGCUCCCACUCUGGACAAUGCAGCCUUGGGGCAUUUCCGGGGCUUGGGAACCCUCUCCCAUUACCUCCCAGCCAUCCAAGCUCCCCACCCGAGUAGAGCCAGCGCUUCCACUCCUCUGACUUAACCCCCGAAUCCUCCAAGGCCUCCCUCAAGUCAGUCUCUCUCUUCCCCCCCCCGUCCCUUUUGCAUGCAGGCUCGGCUUCCCCCUGACUCUCUUUGGAACUUUCCCGGCUCUCUCUCUGUUUCCGUUUCACCUUCUGGGCGCUCGCUUGACACUAUUUUGUUAAGGGCCUCACAGACAAGGACGCGUCUUUAUUUUUUAUAUAU